GUAUUAAGAAAAACAAUUCGUAAAUUUCCAUCAUCUCGAUUAUUCUAUUUGAUGAAAGCGAAAUCUCAUGAUGAAAUUGCCGAAUUAUGCGAUGAUUACGAUUUGGUCAAAGGAGAGUUCUAUUUUGAUCGUAAUCCAAAUACAUUUUCCUGUAUACUCGAUUAUUAUAGGACAGGAAAAUUACAUUUACCAGCUGAAAGAUGUUCAGCAAUAUUAGAAGAGGAGUUAAAUUAUUGGAAAAUAGAUGAAUGGGAAUUAGAACCAUGUUGUCGUGAUCGCUAUCAGCAAGAAAAAGAAGAAAUAAAAGAGGAUGUUGAGGCGGAAAGUAAUCAUAGCCAGGAUAAGAUCAAAAAUCGGUUUAAAAGAUAUCAAAACAAAAUAUGGACUCUGUUUGAAAAACCGAAUUCCUCAACUAUGGCAAGAAUUAUGGCAAUUGUUUCCGUUACUUUUAUCAUUCUUUCUACCGUGGUCAUGUGCAUCAGCACCAUUAGCGACUUCAUGAACAAUUCAGCGAUUGAAGUCAUUGAAGUGAUUUGCAUCGUAUGGUUUACAUUCGAAUAUGUUGUUCGAUUUUUAUCCUCACCGAAUAAAUGGCAAUUUUUAAAAGGACUGUUAAAUAUAAUCGAUUUAAUAGCAAUAUUGCCAUUUUAUAUUAACUUAAUCGCUAUUAAUAUAGAACGAAGGCAGACUGAUGUUAAUAGUACUGAGGACUUUAAGGGUAUCGAGGGUAUUGCUAAAUCAUUAUUAUUAAUACGUAUGCUACGAGUUUUACGAGUGUUAAAAUUGGCACGUCAUUCAUCAGGUUUACAGAUUCUAGGAUUGACUUUGAAAAAAAGUUGGCGAGAAUUAUUUUUAUUAAAUUUAUUUCUAACUAUUGGCGUUACCAUAUUCUCUGGAUUUGUUUAUUAUGCCGAGAGGGAUGUUAAUGGUACUCAAUUUAAAAGUAUUCCGGGAACUUUUUGGUGGGGAUAUAUAACCAUGACCACUGUUGGCUAUGGCGACACGCAUCCUACCACGAUACCUGGACAAAUUAUCGGCAUCCUAUGUUGUAUUACUGGUGUUUUAAUA